CCUCUGGCCGAUGUGUGACAUGUACGGCGCGCGUAGACUCGAAGCGAGGGCGUGCAAACUCUCUGCAGAGCUGCAGCAUGGAGGGUCGUAACAGUAAGGAGCCAGAGCAGCUCAGGAAGCUGUUUAUCGGUGGUCUCAGUUUUGAGACAACAGAGGACAGUUUACGAACUCACUUUGAGCAAUGGGGCAAACUCACAGACUGUGUGGUAAUGAGAGAUCCAGGUAACAAACGCUCACGCGGUUUCGGUUUCGUAACGUAUUCCUGUGUAGCAGAAGUGGAUGCGGCGAUGGCAGCGCGGCCACACAAAGUGGACGGCCGUGUGGUUGAGCCAAAGCGGGCGGUUUCCAGAGAGGACUCUAAUAAACCAGGAGCCCAUAUAACAGUGAAGAAGAUAUUUGUCGGUGGAAUAAAGGAGGACACAGACGAGUAUCAUAUCAGAGAUUACUUUGAGCGCUAUGGAAAGAUCGAUUGUGUUGAUAUAAUGGAGGAGCGUUCGACAGGGAAAAAGAGAGGAUUCUGUUUCGUAACUUUUGAUGAUCACGAUACUGUAGACAAAAUUGUUGCACAAAAAUAUCACACAAUCAACUCGCAUAACUGUGAAGUAAGAAAAGCUCUUCCAAAGCAAGAGAUGCAGUCUGUCUCUAAUCAGAGAUAUCGUGGUGGUGGUGGUGGAGGUAAUUUCAUGGGCAGAGGAGGAAACUUUGGAGGUGACAACUUUGGCAGAGGAGGAUAUGGAGGCGGCCGCGGCGGUUACGGAGGAGACGGAUACAAUGGAUUUGGUGGUAACUAUGGAGGCGGUCCUGGAUACGGAGGUGGCCGGGGGGGUUAUGGUGGAGGCCAUGGAUACGGUAACCAAGGCGGAGGAGGCUUUGGAGGAUACAAUAACUACAAUGAUGGAGGGAAUUUUGGAGGUAACUUUGGUGGUGGUGGAGGAGGAGGAGGAGGGAAUUACAACGACUUUGGGAAUUAUGGAGGACAGCAAUCCAAUUACGGCCCCAUGAAGGGAAAUAAUUUUGGAGGAAGAAACUCAGGUCCUUACGGAGGUGGAUAUGGAUCCGGUGGUGGAGGUUUUGGUUCCAGGCGAUAUUAAGACAGUUGACCGUGAUGACUAAAGAAGCUCCUGAUCUACUGUAAGUGGCCGAAUAUCUUUUAUGUGACACAUUUUCAGCGCUGGUUCUGGAUGGGUAAGAUUGAUAAAUGGAAAAUAUAUGGAUUUGUUAAAGAUAUCCUAUCACUUUUAAAGAGGAAAACUUUAUGACAAUCUCUAUUGAGAAUGAAAACUCAACGUUUGGAUUAGGGAUGCACCGAAUCCAGAUUUUUUAGGUUCGGCCGAAUCCCGAAUCCACCGUUUAAGAUUCGGCCGAAUCCGAAACCGAAUACCGAAUCCUACUCGCAUCCUUAUUCCAUUAACACAGUAAAACACAUUAAUGAAUUAUACAACGUCCACAGCAGUGUAUUUUUCAUUUUAUUUAAUUUUAACUGUACAUUAUGCCAGGAUGACAAGUUGGAAAACUAUUUUGACAAUUACCAUAAGCCUAUGCAUAAUGAAAGCGAUGCGUUGCGACACGCUCGUUUUUCCAAUAAGCAAGCAGCUCCGCACUGAAAACUAUAUUUAACUUUGAGUGAGAAGCUCCGCUCGUCAAUGUCAGUUUUCACACGGCCGUCCAAUUACAAUGGAGGAGGGGCGGGACAUUACCACAGCAACCAACCGGCUCACAGCUGAAGCAUCACAGCUACCAAGCGCUCGGCUGAAAAACAGCUGGCAUUUGGUGUCCUCAAGGCGUUUUCAGCCGUGUUUAAAAGUUUUGGUGUGUCCAGCCCCUAAAGCUCACCGAAAGAAAAAGCUCAUCUCCACGUCAGCACCCGAUGUGUGUAAUCAACGGCCGCGUGACGUCGAGCAGCGUAGCGCAAGCCUAGGAUUCGGUUCGGUGGAAAAAAAUUAUAGGAUUCGGCCGAACCCGAACCCCGUCAAAAAGCCCAGUAUUCGGCCGAAUCCGAAUCUGAAUCCUGGAUUCGGUGCAUCCCUAGUUUGGAUGCAUUCAUGUUAAAAUGUCCACAUACAAAUAUAUUUGACAUUUGUACACUUGUUAAAUUUAGUACCAUUUAAAAAUGUCACAAUUCCUGCUAAAACACGUGCUAUUUGCGUUUAACGCGUCUUUGCGUAGUAGAUUACAUACAAAGUCAAUGCAAAGACGUAAAUAGACUUGAACCCACGUGGGGCGAUUUGAAUGACACCUAAAGGGACAUUCCACUAUUUUUGAAAAUAUGCUCAUUUUCCAGCUCCCCUACAGUUAAACAUUUGAUUCUUACUGUUUUGGAAUCCAUUCAGCCGAUCUCCGGGCAUAGCUUAGCACAAUCCAUUGAGUCUGAUUAGACCAUUAGCAUCGCGCUCAAAAAUAUCGAUUUAAAGCUUGACUCUACUGUAGUGACAUCGUGUACUGAGACCGACGGAAAAUUAAAAGUUUAGAUUUUCUAGGCAUGUAUGGCUAGGACUAUACUCUCAAACUGGCGUAAUAAUCAAGGAAUUUGCUGAUGUAACAUGACUGUAGCAGGCGUAGUGAUAUUACGCACUGCCUGAAUCUAGUCCCCUUGGUUACUUUCAAUGGCAGGGGACUAUUUUCGUAGCCUGGCGCCGCCCUCCUACGUGCUUCCACUUAAUUUUCAUUUCGCUUCAGCAGUAGGUCUGGGAUGGCUCUAUAGAGUUUUGUUUUCUCCUGCAAAAAUCUGCAGGACCAAUCAGCGAACAGAUGGGGGUGGCUAAGAACGAUAACGUUGAGGUCGUGCGUUAGUUUGAGAUGUAGUUCAGUAAUGGCAGCGGAGAAAGACGUGAGAAAAGCUAUUUGGUCCGUUGUUGCAAAACUGCAGAAUAUACAGAAGUUAAAGCUGGAGCAAGAACCAGGUUUGCUAAGUUUUGUUUGUCUGAUUAUUCUGACUUGUUGUUUCCGUCCGGUUUCGGUGCAUGAUAUACAUCACGACCACACGUUAGCGAUUGGCUUUGGCAGAUCUUGAGUGACUCUGGGCAGAUCCAAUAGUUUUAAACUUCAACAAUGGACCCUCCUUAACGGAAGUAAUGCUUUGCAAUGGAGCGUGGCCAGACUCUCUGUACAAAUGAAAUGAAUGUACGAGAGUCUGGUUGGACCAGGCUACUAUUUUCGGGCACUAUCUGCUUAAAAAAAUCGCAGCUUUUAAUUUUCUGUCGGUCUCAGUACAUGAUGUAACUACAGGAGAGUCAAGUUUUAAAUAGAAAAAAAAUUGAUACUCUUUUCUUAGCCUAAUGCUAAUGGUCUAAUCAGAUUUAAUGGAUUGUGCUAAGCUAUGCUAAAAGUGCUAGCGCCAGACCCGGAGAUCAGCUGAAUGGAGUUCAAAACGGUAAGAAUCAAAUUUUAACCCUAGGGGAGCUGGAAAAUGAGCAUAUUUUCAAAAAAAAAAAGGAAGGUCCCUUUAACGGCUGGCGUGAUUGCUGUGGAAACACGCUAUUCGCUUCAAGUUCGCUUCACGCUAGGGGCGGAUCACACAGAACGCAUUUAUGGCAGCGGCAGGUAUUUUUUAAAUGCUUGUCUAUGGGAAGUGAGCGUGUGCUCUGUUUAUCCACGCCGAACUCCUUGCGUUUUUGCAGAAGCGCUCUCAGUGUUAAGUGAGACGUCAUUUGCAUUUUUCCAUUGUCCAAUCGAAUAAGGAGAGAGGCGGACCUUUCGUUGUGUUGACACUGCCUCUGUGGUUGCCAGCAAUAUAAAAAAGCGCAGCACACUGCCUUUGUCUCAAGUCACUUAGGGGGCAUGUACACCAAAGCGUUUAAGUGCGGCUAAAACACCAGGUGGAUGCCAACUUUUGGCUCUUGCCAGUGUCCCACCCCUCCUCCACUGUAAUUGGACAGUCAAGUGAAAAGUGACAUUGACAAGCUGAGCGUUUCUACCAAAGUUGGGCACUGAGCAUGGAAAAAAACGGCAUGCACCGGCACUCAUUAUGGAAUAAACCCGCCAGCUGCUGCCGUUUUUGAGAAGCGCAGCGCUUCCAUUGGAAACAAUUGAAAGCAUACGGAAACGUAAACACCGUGGUGUGCACACCCCCUUACAUAAAGGCAGUGCUGUCCAUCUCGCGUUUUCAAGCGCUUAAAAUCGAUCGGCUGCUUAAUGUGCACCAUUUAUAUACAGAAAUGUAUAGGUACCUUGUAUCUAUUAUUAGGUACUAACAUGCACUCUUUAGGUACAAAGGUAUCCAAUUUGCAAGGGUAGCGCCCCAGUGAAAGCUUAGUAUAGUGAAAUGUGACCUGGGUGUGUUUUAUUUGAGAUUUACUUGAUUUUUGCUGAAUCCUCAUUUUACGUGAUCUCAGUCACUUGAAAGAAACUUUCAGAAAGAUCAUCAGUUUUAAUCACGAGGGAUUAAAUUGUUUGUUAUUUAUAUCAUUUUUAUCAAAACUCUAUUUGUGUGGUAGGAUAUUUUUUAAUACAAUCCAUAUAUAUUCACUUGUUAUAUUUAUAAGGCGUUUAAUAAUGUUAACACCGUUUUUGAAAACAUUUCUAAUAAAGUUGAGAAUGAGUGUGUGAAUGUACGGCCAGAUUUGGUCUUAUUUAAUAAAAGUGUUUUUUUAAACCCUU